GCCCAUGGGGGCGCGGCGGAGGCUGCCGCGGGCAGGGGCGCACCCCGCGCCCUGAGCCGAGCCGCCGGGAGGGGAGCGGAGGGGGGACGCCAGGCCGGCACUGCGGGCAGGGGCGUGCUGCAGCGCACAGGGGCGGGCCGCGGAGCCCCGCCGUCGGCAGCUGGCUACCCCCGGCACCCUCUCCGCGGCGCGCACACCCAGACAGGCGCACAGACGGCGGUACCCGCCCCUUCUCCCCGUCGCCCUUCUCAUCCCCGUCCAUGGCGCUGAGGUCGGCAAUCCCCCGCUCCUCACGUGGCGGUGGGGCGGCUCGUCGCGGGCACGGACCACGGUGACUUCCCCAACCCACGGGCGGCGGCCGGCGCUGACACUUCCGACCUAAUGGAAACCGGGGGCGAUGCCAGAUCGGCACCUCGGCAGGGAGGCAGAGGAGGAGGCGGCGGCCGUGGCGGAUUUCCAGCGACUGCCGAGCUCGGCGCUCCCCCGGCUGCGGAGACAAGCAUGAAUAUUGCUGGGCCCGCCGGCGGCGGGAGGAGCGGGGCGGCCCGGGAGGCUGCCGCAGCCCCGGGAGCGCCCGCCCCGCCUCCCCGCGCCCCCUGCUCCAGGGAUCCCAAAAUGGUCCAUCAGCGGUUCCUGCGGAGGAGCGUGGUGGACUCGGACCAGGAGGAACCUGCUUUCGACCUUCCCGAGUCAGAGCAUCAGAGGAAAAUCAUCCUGCUCCCUAAAACCAGGAGGAUAAUUGCGGAGAGGGCAAAGGCAGGGCAGAGGGCAGCGGAGAAGGUGUGCCUGGAGGAGGCUGAGCCUUCUGGGGGGCUGAAGGCAGCGCCGGCCCCCGGCAGCGCCGUAGGGGCUGAAGAGCAGAAGGAAGCUGGCAAAGAUGUGGAGAGGAAAGAGGUGGCGGAUGCUUCCAAAGACCAGAGCAAAGCUAAGAAAGAGGAACCUGAGGAGGAGGCUGAUAUGAAAGCAGUUGCCACCUCACUGGAUGGCAGGUUCCUAAAGUUUGAUAUUGAACUGGGGAGGGGAUCCUUCAAAACAGUCUAUAAAGGUCUGGACACGGAGACGUGGGUGGAAGUUGCGUGGUGUGAACUGCAGGACAGAAAACUCACAAAAGUAGAGAGGCAGAGAUUUAAAGAGGAAGCAGAAAUGUUGAAAGGUCUACAGCAUCCAAACAUUGUGAGAUUUUAUGACUUCUGGGAAUCCUGUGUAAAAGGCAAAAGGUGUAUCGUGCUGGUUACUGAAUUGAUGACCUCUGGAACACUGAAGACGUAUCUGAAGAGAUUUAAAGUGAUGAAACCAAAAGUCCUGCGUAGUUGGUGCCGGCAAAUCCUGAAGGGUCUUCUUUUCUUGCACACAAGAACUCCACCAAUAAUUCACAGAGACUUAAAAUGUGACAAUAUUUUUAUUACUGGACCAACUGGAUCUGUGAAAAUAGGAGACUUGGGUCUGGCAACCCUCAAGAGAGCUUCGUUUGCCAAAAGUGUAAUAGGUACACCAGAAUUUAUGGCCCCGGAAAUGUAUGAGGAACACUAUGAUGAAUCUGUGGAUGUCUAUGCUUUUGGAAUGUGCAUGUUAGAAAUGGCUACCUCAGAAUACCCUUACUCAGAAUGCCAGAAUGCUGCUCAAAUUUACCGGAAAGUAACCUGUGGUAUAAAGCCAGCAAGCUUUGAGAAAGUUACUGAUCCUGAAAUAAAGGAGAUAAUUGGGGAGUGCAUUUGCAAAAAUAAAGAAGAAAGAUAUGAAAUUAAAGAUUUAUUAAGCCAUGCCUUUUUUGCUGAAGAUACUGGGGUAAGAGUGGAACUUGCAGAAGAAGACCAUGGUAGGAAAUCUUCUAUUGCCUUAAGACUCUGGGUAGAAGAUCCUAAGAAACUGAAAGGAAAACCCAAAGAUAAUGGAGCCAUUGAGUUUACUUUUGAUCUGGAGAAGGAAACUCCUGAUGAUGUUGCACAAGAAAUGAUUGACUCUGGAUUUUUUCAUGAAAAUGAUCUCAAGAUAGUUGCGAAGUCAAUACGUGACAGAGUGGCAUUAAUACUAUGGAGAAGAGAGAGAAUUUGGCCUAGGAUGCAGUCAGAGGAACGUCGGGACUCUGAAUGUCUGGAAAAGUUGAAGAUGUCGCAUGUGCAGCAGGUCCAGGUCACUUACCUUUCUCACACUGGUCACCAUGUCCUGUCGGAGUCGGAGGAGCCUGAGGCAGACCAGCAUCCCUUUCAACAGAACCUGCCCACCAGUGUCACAUCUGUUGCAUCUGACAGCACAUUUGACAGUGGUCAGGGGUCCACUGUUUAUUCAGACUCCCAAAGCAGCCAGCAAAGUGUGAUCUAUUCGUCUCUGCCUGAUUCAGUACCUACUGCUAUCCAACGGGUGUAUAGCCCACCGCUGAGCGAGAGCCAGGCUGUGCCCCAUAGCCUUCAGCAGCUGGGGCACUACCAGCAGCCCUCAGGACAGCCUGGCCUCCCUGCGGUUCAGGCUGCACCUGCAGUGGUGUCCCAGCGGCCCCAGCACUACCAGGAGCCUGCGAUGCCUUUCCCUGUUGUCCAGCCCACCACUGUUGCCUCCUUGCAGCUGGGACAGCCGCAGCCAGUACUGGCCAGCCAGCAGCAGCAACCCAUAUCACAGCAAGCUUCUCUGCAGCAGGUACUUGCCAGCCAACCAGUUUGUCCAAUCCAGCCUGCAACCCAUCUAUUGCCCCAGUAUCAGCCCCAGACCUCUCAGGUGGCAGCUAGCAGUACACCACUGAAACCCCUUCAGAUUUCAACUGUGCCACAGCUUCCACCCGUGGCCCCUCCCCAGAUUCCUCAGUUUCCUGUCAUUCCUGCAAUUACUCCUCUGGCAGGACUUGACAGCCUUCCUCCAAACCUCUCUGACAUACCUGCUGCAAAUGUGCCCCCCAUACCUGCUCCUUCUCAGUAUUUUGCUCCAGCUGUGAUUUUACCCAGCCUCCCCAUGAACCCCACUCUGCCUAUGGCACCAAACUCCCCUGCCCUCCCCAUGCAGGCAGUCAAUCUUCCUCAUACAACCGUGGCUUCUUUGGUCUUGCCUUGCCAAACAAUAGUGCCAAAUAUGUCAGCUGCUACGAUACCAUUGCUUGCUGUGGCUCCGCCAGGAGUGCCAGCAUUGCCACCACAUCACGGGGUGCCCCAGCUCCCCCAGCAGCAGAUGUACCAGACCACCUUCCAGCAGAUCAUUCAGAACGAAGUGCCCUCUCCCCAUCACACGCAGAGCACUCAAGCAGUAUCCCAGCCGCAGCAACCUCCACCUCCUCAGUCACUUCAGCCAAGCAUAAUUCAUCCUUCAGAACAGACUCUUUCUGCGCCUGGGGCUGGUCACCAGUUGCAGCCUGAACUGUUGCCUCCUCGCGUCGCUCCAGAAGGCAUUUCACAGAUUCAUGGCAGCCUUGCUACAGCUAGUCCGCCUGUCCCCAUAGAUCACUGUCUGACUCUUCAGCCUUCUGGCCUGCUGCAGCUUCAGCCUGAUCUUUCCCAGCCACUGGGUCAGCAGCUCCCAGCUCCCUGCUCAGCUGUCCAGGCAGUUGCAGAGCCAUCUCAAAAGGAGCAGGCAAUACAGGACAAACUUCAAACUCUGUCACAGAGCUGUGAAAGCUACAUGAGUCCAGAUGUUGCUUCGGGUAAAGAGAUGAGUGACAGCUUUGAAGGAGCAAUAGGAAGUGGAAAACAAGAAGGAAAGUCUUCAAAGAAACAUAAAAAAUCUACACGUGCUCGUUCACGCCAGGAGAAGUCAAGCAGACCAAAACUGACCAUAUUAAACGUCUGUAACACGGGAGAUAAGAUGGUGGAGUGCCAACUUGAAACACACAAUCACAAAAUGGUGACUUUUAAGUUUGAUUUGGAUGGUGAUGCACCAGAGGAAAUUGCUACUUAUAUGGUAGAGAAUGAAUUCAUAUUGCAGAGUGAAAAAGAGACAUUUAUUGAGCAAAUGAAAGAUAUUAUUGAUAAAGCAGAAGAUAUGCUCAGUGAAGAUACAGAAGGAGAACGAAGUUCUGAUCAGGGAACGAGUCCCCAACAAGACACUGAUAGACUGGAAAUGAAUGAGGAGAAGCGGCAGUCUCAAUUGAAGACACCUGUCUAUCAACAAAAUGUUUUACAUACUGGAAAAAGGUGGUUUAUUAUAUGCCCUGUUGUGGAAAAUCCUACUACUGAUGCACCAGAAUUUUCUCCACCGGUGCCUCAGAGUACACAGCAAUCUGAAGCUCCAGACCUGGAGCAGAUGGAUGAUCAGCAAGUGAGCUCUGUGGUGACGGAUCCACCUGUUGUCUUAGCUGGUCAGCAGCUUCCCCUACAAGCAGGUGUAUGUGACAGCCCCAUUGGAGCCUCUCCAUCUUUGGCACAAGUUCCUGCUGCAGCAUCUUCUGCCAGUUUACCGAGCCAGGCAGAGUUUUCAGCUCCAGCACUACUGGGGUCUGCUCCAAAUAUUCUAGAGCAGGUGGCUGCUAAUGGAGGUCAGCUGGAGUAUUCUCCACUGAAGUCAGUGAUGCCUGCUCAGCCAGGUGCUCCUGCCCCACAUGCUGCCUUGCUGGAGGAGUGUUCUGAUGCUCUCCUUGUUCCUCAGCACCUGCAGCUGCAGGCUGACGAGGGCACCUGUGUCCCUGAUGUAGAGAUAGCCUGUUGCAGUGUUGGGCCACACAGGUCAGUCCCGGCAGCUCCUGCAAAGGUGGCAGAGCUCUGCCCGCUCCCUGUGCUCCCGGAUGCCAUUGUUUUGGAACGGCAGCCUGCGGCACAGGUGCCUCACCUGCCAGAGGCCAGCCAGACUGGUAUGGUGCAGCAUCCUUUCAUGAACCAAGCGUUCCCUGCAGCUGCUGCAUCCGAUCCUCUCAGUCUGGCAGGGUCUCAGCUCCAGAGCCCUACUCAGGUACCAGUGGCUGCAUCCCAGCAGCAUGUGAUGCUGUCCCAGGUGCAGCCUGUAGCCUGCGCAGGAAUCAGUCUGCUGCAACAGCAGCAGCCAAGCACCGCUGAGUCUGAUGGAGAGGGACCACCCAGGGUGGACUUUGUUGACAACACAAUAAAAAGCCUUGAUGAGAAAUUGCGCAAUUUACUUUACCAGGAAUAUGUUCCUACUUCUUCUGCAUCAGCAGGGACUCCAGACACCUCUGUCCCAUUAGAACAGGGUGACAAUGAAUUUAACUUGCCACAUCUUCCUGAAGACCAAGUUUCCACAUUGACGUUGGAUUUGAGAGAGCCAGGCCAUAGCAUUGCAGAUACUGGCCAGGAGGUGAAAGCUGCUGCUGAGGCCCAGUCAGAGCCACUCAUACCAUCUGAGAUCUCACCCUACCCGAUACUGUUUGAAAAGUCAGAGGUCAUUGGCAUCAGUGCUCAUUCCUCAGAAGCAAGAGGUGGGUCAGCAAGCAGAAAAGGUUCAGCUGCAAGCUUCACUUCAGCUCCUGCUACUACAACAAAAGGCCUCCUUCAGGUUGCACCUACAUCAUCAAGCAUAACUAAACAGAUGGAAACUUCUAAAAGGAACGAGAAAGCAAAGACUGUGACUUCGUCUGCACACACAGAUAAUGUAACACAGAUAUCUACAGCAGAUGGGGUGAUAAAUAACCUUCAAAGGGAUGACUCUCUAGACUCUGGUUCCUAUGGAAAACAGGCUGAAAUUCAUGAUAGCAGUACACCAGCCAAAACUAUUGGCAGGUUUUCAGUAAUCAGCACGCAGGAUGAAUUAACUUUAACGGCACCACACUGCUUAAGGUUCUCGGCACCCCCAGAUGUCUAUUUGGAUGAGCUACCUUCAAGUCCUGAUCUGAAGACAGCUGUCCGACGGGUGCAGACAGCCUCUUCUGUCGAUGUCCUCUGUGACCAGGGUUCGAGUGAUUCUGCUGAUGAGCCUUUCCAUCUUCAGUCAGCUGCUGCUGUCCAACUGUCCCCCCCAAGCAGUAGUGCAGCCACUGACUUAAUUAAAAAAGCAGCUGCUUUUCUGCAAAGAUCUGGCAAAGCUAGCUCACUAGGCCUUGAUUCACCAAAUGGGCAAGGAACAAAAAUUCCUACCAUCAACAUAACAUCUUUCCACUCACAGUCAUCCUACGUGAGCAGUGACAAUGACUCAGAAUUUGAAGAUGCAGAUAUGAAGAAAGAAUUGCAGAACCUGAGAGAAAAGCAUAUGAAAGAAAUUGCUGAACUUCAGACUCAGCAGAAGAAUGAGAUAGAGGCACUGUAUAUUCGGUUAGGGAAACCCCUUCCUCCCAACCUGGGGUUCCUUCACUCAGCCCCACCAAGCAGCCGUCGCCGAAGAACCAGCAAAAAUAAACUGAAAGGCGGAAAACUGUUAAACCCUCUGGUCCAGCAGCUCAGGAGUGGAACAUCAAGCACAAGUAAUCUUUCAGACUCUAAAGACUUACCCCACAAAGAAACAACUAAAACUCAGCCUGGAUCUCCUGAAGCUGCAGCAGUAACUUCCCCUGCAUCAGCCACCUUUGGAAAGGCUGUUCAGACACAGCAGCCGUGCUCUGUCAAAGCCUCUUUGUCUUCUGACAUCUGCUCUGGCUUAGGCCCCGAAGGAGGUGACGUGAAUGCAAGCUCUGGCCAAGGCUGGACGGUUUUCCACCAAACGUCUGAGAGAGUGACCUAUAAAUCUAGUAGCAAACCUCGUACCAGAUUCCUCAGUGGACCUGUGUCUUUGUCCAUCUGGUCCACCUUGAAACGACUAUGUCUAGGCAAAGAUCACAGUAGUAGAUCCUCGACAAACAGUCUCGUAAUGUGUCCUGAGCCACUCCCGCAAUCAACUCUGCAGGUUCAGGCCAACAACAGUAACAACAAAAAAGGGAUGUUCACAGACGAUCUUCAUAAGCUGGUUGACCAGUGGACAAGCAAAACCAUUGGAACUGCACAGACAAAACCUUCUUUAAACCAACUGAAGCAGAACCAAAAAAGGCAAGAUAUGGAGCCAAAGGCUAAUCCCAUGCAAACACAGAAUGAGACAUGUGGAAUUCUGAAAUUGAGAUCAUCAGCAACUGACACGUGGCCCCCUCAGCUACGGUGCCAAGCGCGAGGCCCUGCCAUGGCUAAGGAGGAGGAAGAGGAAGAUGGGAAGUGAUUUAUCAUGUGUGAGAAAUUCUGUGCUGUUCUGGUCCAUUCAACGCAAUUUUGUAACUUCUUUCUAAUCAUUUUUUUAUUUACAGUUGCAAAUACAAAAAUGUUAUGCAAAAAAAAAUAAAGGAGAAUUAUUUUGGGGGAAAAGGAUUUUGUUCCAAAUCGUUCCCUUCUGUUUUAAGCCAGGUUCCCAUGAGCAGUGGCUGGAGAAGAGGGAGGAAGAGGAGGCACUCCUUCAAAUACUUUUUGUUUCACACAGUUAAUUGUAAUUUAAGUAAUUUUCCAAAAGAUAAGCUAGGCACAUGUAUUCAGAUUCUAGUACAAGGAAGAUAAGUUCCAAUUCCAUUUAAAUUUCACACAGUUCUUUUGCGAAGAUAAUAUUCUAUUUUAAAUCCACUUAAAUCAAGUAAAGAAACCUACAGAGACUUCACUGGAGAGUAAGUUUGUACUUAUCACUUCCCUUUUUACCUCUUUUUUUUUUUUUCUUAUAAACCAGCCGUGUUUUCUUGCCAGAGUUAAAAACAAUUUUCAAGUCACUUCUAAUUUUAAAUGUAAGGCUAGAAUCCUUCUACAGACAAGUCAGUAAUUGGAGCAAUUUUUAAAAGACUUUAAAGUGCCUUCAAGAAGCUAAAAUUAUGUAGUGGGAGAUUUCUUCUUUUUGAUUCCCUGACGAUGGGUUUCAGCUGUUUCCUGGGUUGAGGUGAUGUAUAAAGUAGUUUGUAGCAAUAAUCUCAUGAGUAAUCAUUUAUUAUAAAGGACUACUCAACUUUUUUUUAGAAAGAUGGGUUUUAGCACUGUUCCUAAGGAGUGGGAAAGACUGCUGCUCUUGCUGUUACAUUUGGCCCCCCAACUCUUCUGACCCUCUGCUGCUAUGCAUCCAAGGACCUCAGUUGCUUCCCCCUUAGACAGUUUGAGACCACAAUGUUCUGACCUUUUCACUCUCUUGUUUUUGAUACCAGAGAAACAGGAAUUUCUAUUUGCCCAUAAGACUUUUAGUACCAUCCUUUCUCAUAGCUGGAGCCUGGUGUAUUGUUUCAUUGUUACCUGCCAUGUCUGUCUCUUCCAAAUCUCAGUUCUAAAUAAUAAAUCUUAUUUUGAUGCCGUU